AUGUCUCUCUCUCUCAGCAAACUCGAGCCUGGCCAAGGCCACAUCGCGCUCCGAAAUCACGGCUCCGGGAACGUUUUCACCCACUUAUCCGCCACGUACCCUCUCAAGCUUCUGUCCCCAAACCUGCAUUCUCCAAAUGUAUCCGUCGUCUAUGUGCUCAGUUACGGAGGGGGUCUAGUCGGCGGAGACCAUGUGCAGCUGGAUAUCGAGGUUCAUGAUGGGGCGCAGCUGGUCAUUUUGUCGCAGGGUUCUACCAAAGUGUUCAAGGCGCGACAUGGCCAACGUCUCUCAUCUCGAGCGAAUAUCUCUCCCGUUACGGUUCAACGCCUCGAUUUUCAAGUAGCACCUCGCAGCGCCCUAUUUCUCCUUCCCGAUCCCGUUACCUGCUUUCGGUCUGCCAAAUACCACCAGCUCCAGACGUUCCACUUGGCCACAGAUUCUUCCGCCGUCCUGCUUGACUGGAUCACAUCUGGACGCAAGUCACUUGGGGAAGACUGGGCUUUCGCCAAAUACUACAGUCUCAAUGAAGUCUGGGUCGAUGGCAAACGAAUCGCCAAAGAUGCACUACUUCUCGAGGAUCGCGACUCAACUCACAAACCUUUCGCUCUCCGAUCCUUGGCGGAAUCCCUCGCUCCAUACUCGUGUUACGCGACGAUCAUCAUAUACGGCGCUCUUGUUGAAGAUACCAUCGCGCAUCUCACAGCGGCAUACGAAGUAAUCACCGUCUUCAAGCAGGCGAGCCCUUCCUCGUUAUUAUGGUCGUUGAGCCCGAUAUGCGAAGGCAAAGGCUGCGUCGUUCGCGUUGCUGCAACCGAGACCGAAGAUGUGAAGAAUUGGUUGAAGGCUGCGCUGCGGGAUCUGGAGCGCGUAUUGGGAGUGGACGUGUAUCGCAGGAUAUUUGCCUAG